AUGGAUAUCAAUGAUACAAAACUCCGUCUUUUUGAUUUCACUCAUUCCAAGAUUCUGAGCCAUGAACGAGCAAGAGCACCCAAUAACCUAGUGGAAUGGCAGGUGCCUGGGUACAUGGAAUAUCAUCUUCAGUUCUUGGCACCUGAACAGACAGGUCGGGCAGAGACGUGGAUGGAUCAUCGAACAGAUAUUUAUGGUUUAGGAGCCACACUAUUUACGUUAUUGACGAUGCAAUACCCAAAUGUGGGUCAAGAUAGUGUUCAGAUCUUACAAGGGGUCCUAUCAAAAGAUCUGCCACCGUUGAGAGAUUUCCGCCCAGAUAUGCCGCCGGUAAUUGAUGACAUUUUGCGCAAGAUGACAAAAAAGAUCGACUCAUUUGAGCUAGGAAAGCAUGACAUCUCAUAUCAACUUGUGCUCCCAAACUCUAUUUUCGGUCGUCAUGUGGAACAACAGAUGAUUUCUGCUUGUAUAGCACAAGCCGCUAGUGCCUAUCAGCAGUCUCUCAACGGAUCUAACAACGAUGAUGAUGGCUCUGAGGAUGAUGAUGGCGAUGAUGUAUUUCAUGGCGGUGGCGCUGAUGACAUUGUCUCGCUCAAGAGUCAGAUUGCAAAGAUCCCAUUGUCCUCAAAAAUCCUGCUGAGAACCCCUAAACCUUUUGAUGGUGCUCAAUCAAUUCAUCGGGGGCAUGAAGCGACAGACCCGAUUGUGCGAGUUGUGUUUGUCAGCGGGCCAUCUGGCGUCGGGAAGACAAUGUUGAUUAGAGGCAUGGCCGCAACUGCCAGGAAUUCGGGGUUAUUUGCAGGCGGAAUCUUUGAAAAGGAUGGAUUAGCGCCAUACUCCGCAAUACUACACUGUAUACAAAGUGUUCUUCAACAACUCCUGGCUCAACAUUCUGACGCCCUCGCCUCCCUGGUUGUCGCAAUCCGUACAGCAUUCGAGCCUGAUUCAGGCAUUGGAAUUAUCUGUGAUUUAGUUCCAGAGCUUAGAUACUUCUUUAGUGGAUCUGAAAUGCCAGAAUCUCAAGAUAUACCACUCUCUCAUUCUGUGGCUCGAUUUCAUGCCUUGAUUUUAAAACUGAUUCGCGUGAUCUCAACACAUUUCUUCAUGACAUGGCUGAUCGAUGACUUACAGUUUGCAGAUGAGAAUUCUAUCGAUUUAUUGGCAACUUUGGUAAAUGUAAACAAGAGAUUACCAAUAGUUUUGAUUAUUACCCAUCGAGAUACGCCGGAUUGUUUGUUGAAGGUCAAGCAUAUCCUGGGAGGAGGCAAUAUUGCUGGAGGACGACAUCCUACAGGGUUUGGAGUACUAGGAGCAAUGCAUCAUGAUACACUCAUGGAUAAUCUGUCAUCCACAGGAGGCAAGCGGACAGCUAAAUCAUCAUUCCCUUCAUCGGUUUCUUCGUCAUCAAUAUCGUCAUCGUCACACAAACCAAUGUCUAAAAGUACAGCUCUCCGAGGAAUAGGAUCGCCCAUGGUGGUUCGUGGGGGUGGAGGAGUCCGGUUCAUUCGACUACAGCAUCCAACUAUAGACACAAUCCAAGAAUUUCUCGCCACAAUUUUACAUAGGGACAAGGUUGAUGUAGUCCCUUUGGCCAAAGUGCUGCAUCAAAAAUCAUGGCUUACAAUUCGACAACUUGUCCUAGAACUGUAUCAAAACCGUACGAUUUAUUUCAACUGUGCAGCACGGGAAUGGGAAUGGGAGGCUUGCUCCGAGAUCCUGGCAGAGACGGUUCGCAAACUGACAGGAGAAGAGUAUGCAUUUUUGAAUAAUCGGUUCCGAUCUUUGAGUUGUAAUACAAAGAGGGCUUUAGUCUGUGCCUCCAUUUGUGGGCCGUCAUUUGCAAUCAAGGACCUCCAGUCAUUGGUGUCUCGAUCUUAUGCAUGGACCGUCAAGCAAUGUCCAACAACUGAGAUGGAAGAGAAUUCAAGGAAAGAAGCGAUUGGAACAACAAGAGCAAGAGCGGAAGCAGAAGGUGACAGUACUGGUGACGCUAAAUUGGAGUAUCACAAUGACAAUAAUGGGCACAGUCGCUCCAACAAAGACGGAAAUGCCAUGGAAGGCAUCCAGACUGCAAUUCGAGAGGGCAUUCUAGUCUACACAUCUGUCCCAGAUCAUUUAAGGUUCCAUCAUGGAGUCAUGCGUCGUGUUGCAACUCACUUAAUGGAUAGCCCUGAAAUUAUGGAGAGACUACACUAUGAAAUGAUCAAGAUAUUAUUCAACAAGUCAGGUCAAGAUUUCAGGAUUGCUAGUCAUGUACUCCACUGCUUGAACUUGAUUAAGAAGAAGAUGGCCAUGUCCAUGGAAAUUAAGGAAAAAGAUUCGUCAUUUAUAUCAAUCUCAUCGCCUUCUUCCACGGAUCAAUCGCCACUAUCCUCUCCUCAACCAGAUUCGGACACAGUGGGAGAAAUUGAGUUGGAAACAAAGUCCCUUCGAAGGAUCUUAUCACUCGCGGGGGAAAAGUCACAGAAGAGUGGAGCACAAGAUAUGGCACUGACUUAUUGGAAUGCAGCUUUGUCUUUACUGCCAGGAAAUUGCUUUGAUCUCUUCCCAGAAAGUCCUCCAACACGGGUACAACAGACACCAUCUAGCCGUGAUGUAGACAUGGAUGUGGAUAAAGAUGAACAACAAAAUGAGGAUGACCAUGGCAAAAAUCAAAAUUGUCAGAGUCAUUUCAAUAUUUUGAUUAAGGACACAUCUGCUACUUCAACGGCUCCAUUAAAAACAGUACCAAAUCAGCAACCUUCUCUUACGACUUUGCAGGAAAAUAUACAAGGUAUAUCCUCAAAGCAGAAAUCACUAUAUCGUGAAGCUCUCAAGCUUCACCUUCAAUGCAUUGAGGCCGAGCGAUGGCGAGAGAACUUUGAUAAAGCGAUGAAGAUUUGUGAAAUUAUUUUAUCCAAAGUCACUGAUCCGAUUGAUCGUGCGAGGGUGUAUGAACAUCAGAUAGAGAUGUCCGUCUGGGCAUAUUCCUCACCUGAACAAGCAACAAAGAUCACAAUCCGCUGUCUGCAGGAGUUAGGGAUGGAUCCCGACACUUCCUUUGACCCGUCAGAGAGCGAGAUGCGAACUAUCUUUGAUCAGACGCAUAAGAUGUUAAUGGAACAUAUGUCUGAACUGCAAGUGAAGCCACCUAAAACUUGCACUGACCCGCAUAUUACUAUGAUGAUGGAAGUACUGAAUAUUGCAAGUGCAAGUCUGUAUUACUGCAACGUGCCGUUCAUGGCAAGUACAAUCGUUCAGUCAAUGAAACUGAUCUGCAAGUACGGAGUUACCAAAGAUGCAGGCCGAGCCUUAGUCUCAUUCGCGCUGACUUACUCUACCUGGUAUGGUUGUCUCGACAAUGUGUACGAGCUCGGAAAAUUGGCUUGCGAAGUCUCAAAUGGAAACCAUCAUGUCAAGUUCUUAUUCCAUCUCGUGGUUCAGCAAUGGGGUGACCAUGUGGCUCAUUCGAUCCCAGCGCUCGAAGAGACCCUGACGGCUGUAGACUUGACAUGUGAUCGAUUAUUCCAUACUGCAGGCAUGAUACAUGUCUCAGUCAUGAAGGUUCUUCUAGGACGUAUCCAUUUGAACGAGCUCAUGACUGCGACCAUUGAUCUCUUGGCUAAGCAUAUCGAAUUUGGCCCUAAAUCGCAUGGAGUCGAAGUCAUGCAAGGGAUAUUACAAAUGAUUAAAUGUCUCAAAGGCAAGACCCUGGCAUCGAGCCCUGAGACUAUUUUUGAUGAUAUUGAUUAUUCAGAGGCAACAACGAAGCCUGAUGCCAGGAAUAGCGGAGGUAAAGUCGCUAUGGAUUCUUUCUCUUUACUGCAAAGCUUUGGCAAUCAAGGGAAAAAGCAAAGUCGAAGCCAAAGUGAAAGUCCAAGCCAAGAGCAAAAGGGUCACAAUCAAUAUCGAGACAGUAAUGACAAUAACGGAACUGGAUCCAUGGGAUUCAUGUCUGAAAAGAAAAAGAAGAAAGUGACAAUGGUCCAUAAUAACAGCACGUACAUGAUGCUCAAAGUUGUGGCAGCGUUCAUCUUUGGCCAUUAUCAUUUCGUUCAAGACGUUACCCAUGUCUGGCAUGACGAUCCGAAAUCGAUCUUGAACUUUGAAGGCUCCUGGAUUGCACAUUCGGUUUAUACAGUCGUUGGAUUGGCGCUAGUGAAUGUGCUGGCGACAGAAGCAGAUCCGCAGCGAAGACAGUUGCACAAGAAGCGACUCUUCCGAAUCCGAGACACCAUGGAGUUAAGGGCUCGCAAGUAUCCGACCAACCAUGCAGCUAUGUAUUAUCUCCUUGAAGCUGAGAUUGCAGACCAAGCACUAACGCCAGAUUCAGAUCUAGAGACUGGAGCAAAAAUAGAACCAAAAGCAGCCAACCGACCUGACAUGAAGCAGGUCCUAUUACUCUAUGAAACGGCCAUUAAGUACUCUGUCGAUGGUGACUUCCCACUCCACAAAUGUUUUGCGUUCGAGCUGGCAGCUAAGUGCCAUCUCAGACACGGUCUGGUCACUAGUGCCCAAUGUCUAAUGGUCAGCGCUUGCAGGGUCUAUCAUACAUGGGGAGCCAAAGGCAAAGUUCACUGGUUUCAUCGGACGUAUCCUGACAUGUUCCCAAUGCCGCCUGAAGUUGAUCCUGCAAUGAUGAAGCGUGGGCUGUUUUACCGCCCAACAGAUAAUAACAGCAAUGAUAACGCAUCCACGUCGUAUGUGGGUGGUGCUUGCCCAUAUGCUCAGAUGGGAUCUGACAAUAAUAUUUGUAGCAAUAAUACUGUUGGCGUCCCUUCGAUGGGGAUAUCUACGACUGUAGCAGGGGCAGGGCCUGUAAACGGAGGUAGCGUGAACAACAAUAGCUCUUAUGGAUGGGUGGGUAGUGGAAGCAGUAAUUCUGGUAGUGGUGGUGCAAGUAGCACAUCGCCUUGGAUGGCGCCAAGCCCUGGAGUCAUGUACAGCCCUACAAUGCUUGGCAUGGAUACUUCAGCUGGGAUGGCUGAACCUCAUAUGGCUGUCGCGUUCCAAAAUGGAUGCUCCUCUGUGACUUCAACCAGCUCUUCCUCGGCCGUAUCAACAUCACCGAUCUAUUCACUACAAAACACCUGGCUUAGCUCUCCGCAGUUGUCAGAAAUCGACAAUGCAGAUCUGGAUGUUUUGGAUUUCUCAUCCGUGAUCGAAGCAAUGCAAGUGAUUGCAAGUGAAAUCGAUCUGGACCUUUUGCUGGUCAAGUCAUUGGGCGUGUUAAAUCAUUCAGUAGGGGCUAAACAAUGCUGUAUCAUUAUAUCAAGGCAUCAUGAACUAGUCUUAUCAGCCUCCUUAGGUGAUUCAGGUCGAUGUGAAUCAGUGAAUCCGCCAAUAGAAGUUGAGAAAUGUCCUGAGUUGUUCCAUGGAGUAAUUAAUUACGUAGUCAACACUUCGGCUCCUUGUUUGUUGACUAACGCUAAGGAUGAUCCUCGGUUCUGUGCAGAUGAGUAUUUGAAACAAUAUCGUGCAGAUCUUAAGACGGUUCUAUGCGCGCCCAUCUUACACAGAAAUGAAUUAGUUGGUGUACUGUAUAUGGAAAAUUUUCCUGAGAGGGCGUUUGCAAACAAACGAAUGUUAGUAAUGAACCUUUUAGUUCAGCAGUUGGGGAUCUCGAUUACGAACGCAUUAUUGUAUCAGUCAGUGCUCCAGUCCGAGAAUAGGCUGAUGGGACUUUUGGAAAACAUGCCCUGCGGAAUUGCACUAUGGGAUAGUGCGGCCGAGGAUUGUCAAUAUGUGAAUUCGACCUGGGCGGAUAUGACAGGAUUCACGAUUACAGAGAUCAUUCAAACUGGAUGGAGGGUUGUAUUGCCCCCAGAUGAAAUGAUUCAGUAUGGACUAGCUUGGAAGGAAAGGGUCCAAGCAGGUGUACCUUGCCAAUGCCCAUUUUCUGGUAUACUUGGAAUGCUAUCGCUUCUGAGAGACUCGAAAGGAUUGUCACAUGAACAAUUCGAAUUUGUUGACAUGGCGAAGGCGUCCUGUGAGAUGUUAAUCCGUAUCGUAGACGAUCUACUAAACUUUAGCAAGCUGGAAGCAGACAAGGUCACAUUAGAGUAUAUUCCAUUAUGCUUUGAAGAAAUCUUAGGAGAUGUAUGCGAUCUCCUAGUUCCUCUGGCAUCACGAAAGGGCCUUGAAUUAAUUAUUUUGGUCGACGAAAAACUACCAGUCCAGCUGAUCGGCGAUCCGGACCGUAUGAAGCAAAUCUUGAUGAACCUUAUUGGAAAUGCCAUCAAAUUUUCGACCUCUGGCAAUGUCGUCGUCAAAUAUUGGCAUGAGCUUCGUAAACGAGAAACUAUCCCAAAAACCAAAUCAUCUUCUCAAGCAAUCUUGAAUAUGCUGGCUGGCAAAUGUGGCCCUGAUUACCAGAACGAUCAACAACUUCGAAACAAAGUCGAACAUGAGAUCAAGAUGAUCCAGGAUCAAGAACAUAUGGGUGAUGAAAUUAUCCUACAUUGUUCGGUCACAGACCAAGGCAUUGGCAUGACUCCUCAGGAGCAAAAGAUGUUGUUUGUCAGUUUCCAACAAACCGAUAGUGGCACGACCCGAAAAUAUGGAGGCACAGGGUUGGGGCUCUCGAUAUGUGCUCAACUGAUCGCUCAUAUGAAAGGCAAGGUCGUGGUUGAGUCAGAGAAGGGGAAAGGAUCCACAUUCACAUUCACAGCCACGCUCAGGACCACGACCGAACACGAUCGCGAACAAAACCCAGCGGAGAGCGCCAGAAUCAAGGAAUGUGAGGACGUAAUGGCGCUCAGAAUGAGUGCCCUUGGGUCCAAGAGGGUCUUGGUUUUGUCACCAAAUGCGUUGUUGAGACAACAAGUGCUGAAGAUACUCAGCGAUGGAACCGAGUGCAUGGAAUUUAAUGACGUGCUUUCAGCAAUACAGGCCAGAGCAAUAGGUAUUUCGAGAGGUUCGUCAAGAUGCUGCCCAGGGAGCUUGCAGGAGUCCUCACCUGCCGAUGUAGGCAGCUCAAAUAUGGAGCCGUUGGGAGGUGCUGGUGGCGCUAAUGACUGCGGCGGCAUCAAUAGAACCAAUGAUCAACACGGAUUGAGUUUGGUUUCGACUUCAAGAUCUGAUCUAGAGGGUAUCCGUCCAUUCGACUUUAUCCUUGUGGAUCACGUUCUCGAUUCUGCGGAGCUCGACUGCAUCUACCCCUCACCUACAGUCGCCUUCGUCCUUUUGCUGGCGCCUACAACCGAGACCCUAAGAUGGAUUUUACCGCCUGCAGAAAAACGGUUAGAUGUUGAUUCGGAUGAUACGGAUUCUGGCCAAAUCGAUGUAGGAGGGCGAGGGCGAGUUCGACAAACACCUGAAAUAGAUUUUGCAGAGCGAACCAUGGGUCAUGUCAGGAACGCUUCAUAUAUGUCGAAGAUUCGACAGUCGCCAUCUUCCAAAAGGGACGCAAUGGGAGACUCGAAAACAGAUCCGACAACAGUGCCUAAGGCAUCAUCUCGACUGUUUAAGCGAAAGAAGAACUCAAUCCAGGCAGUAACGGCUUCCAAAAAGCGAUACAAGGCAUCAACGGCCGCAGUUUCGACGACGUUGCCGGAAUCAAAGGGACUACUAUCACCUGCUAUAUCGAGUAGUGCCCCAAGUACAUCGUCGUUCCAGAUAUGUAGGAUGAUCAAGCCAGUGCGACGUCUCAAGCUGUUACAGGUCAUGUAUAAUGCAUUGAUACAACAUGAACACAAGAUGAACGGUACGAAGGAUGAACGUUCUGGAGAUGGCUAUUUUGGAUAUGGGACUCUUGAGGAAAUAUCAGAUGAUUGUGAUGAGCAAUGUUACGGAGAAGAUCUCGAUAGUGAUCAAGAAGCUAAAAUAGACCACUGUUCUCCGUCAUCCAUGAGUACCGACCCCAGUACAUUGACCAUACCCAGACCAGUUUCCCCGACUGGAUCUACGGCUUAUCAUGCGACUUUAAAGCGACGACGGCCACAAGGUGGAGAUGCUGAAGACACUAAUAGCAGCAGUGGUGAUGAGUCAGAUAAAGGCCUCCAUCAUAUUCGCAAAGCUGUCAAGACCAAAACCCAAGCCUCAACAUCUUCAUCGUCCCCCUCAUCUCGUUCAGGCUCUAGCUCUGUCUCUGGUUCUUCAUCUGUGAAAAUGAAAAGGAGCACUCGACGAUCAUCGGAUCACAAUUUGCCGAAACGUGCUCGAAAUAAUGAUGCACUAACAUUGUUAUUGACGCCGGAGCAACGGAAACAAUGCAAAGGCAAGAAUGUACUUGUGGCUGAGGAUGACUUUGUGUCGCAAAAGAUUCUGGAAAAACAACUUUCCAAGUUAGGUAUGAAUGUGGUGAUAGCUAAUAAUGGCCAGGAGGCUGUUGAAGAGUGGUUAGCUGUGGAGCGUGGGCAUUAUACGAUCGCGAUUUUUGAUCAUCAUAUGCCAAUCAUGGAUGGUCUCGCAGCAACGAAAAAACUCCGAACGCUGGAGGCUCAGUUUGACAUUGAAGAUGAAACGAAGAUUGUAGAGAAUAAAGGCGAGGAGAGCAAGACUUCUGUUGGUAGUGGUGAUGGUGGGCCCAAGCCGAGAACUAUCCCAAUCCGUAUCCCGAUUGUUGGAUUGAGUGCGGAUAUCCAACAAUCGACCAAGGAGAAAGGAUUUAACCAUUAG